CGUCGCCACACUGAUUAGCUGCUCGGGCAAAGAGACCGAUGAGUUUGCUACGAAUCCUACCGAAGAGGAUAGGACUGCUUUUAAGUAUUUUAAAAUAUAAUUUAUCUUGGACUACAAAAUGCGUGAACUCCUCCUCCGUACUAUAUAUAUACUUCCAGUGACCUGGACAGUAUGCUGAGAUAAAAGAGCCAACUAAACAAUUUGUUCUUUUUGGAUUACAGGACAUUAAAGAUACUUUUCAUCAGUGUUACCAAAAGUACCCUGACCACUCUUGAGAGAAGACUCUGACGAGAUUGUUAUUUUACAACAUUCCGUUCAGCGCUGUCUGGAGGGAUGAUGUCUUGAUGUUGCCCCCCGUCCAGCCCAGAGGAGAGCGUGCCAGUGGCGGGUGCUGCUGAUGGGAACGGCUGCGCCGCCAUGAACGCUCGUGACGGCGGGGGUGGCGAGGGCACCCUGGGUCGCCGGCGGCGGUUCGAGAACUCAGAGUUCACCGUGCGCAUCUACCCGGGCGCCCUAGCCGAGGGCACCAUCUAUUGCCCCGUUAGCGCCCGCAAGAACACCACGGCCGCCGAGGCCAUCGAGCGCAUCAUCGAGCGUCUCCGGCUGGAUCGGCGCCAAUGCUACGUGCUGGCCGAGGUCAAGGAGUUUGGCGGCGAGGAAUGGAUCCUCAACCCCAGCGACUGCCCUGUGCAGCGCAUGCUACUCUGGCCCCGCGUGGCAUUGGAGCAGCGUGCGCUGUCCGGCGGCGACGACUACCGCUUCCUGCUGAGGCAAAAGAACUUAGACGGCUCCAUCCACUACGGCGGGAGCCUCCAGAUGUGGCUGCGGGUGACGGAGGAGCGGCGCUGCAUGGUGGAGCGUGGCCUCCUCCCCCAGCCCGAGCCCCGGGGGGACCACGCCGACUUGUGUCGGCUGCCCGAGCUCAACGAACGCACGCUGCUGGACAACUUGCGCUCACGUUUCCGCCAGGAGUGGAUCUACACCUACGUCGGCACCAUCCUCAUCGUCAUCAACCCCUUCAAGUUCCUGCCCAUCUACAACCCCAAGCACGUCAAGAUGUACGACAACCACACGCUGGGGGAGAUGGAGCCGCACAUCUACGCAGUGGCGGACGUGGCGUACCACGCCAUGCUGCAGAGGCGCCGGAACCAAUGCGUGGUCAUCUCUGGGGAGAGCGGCUCGGGGAAGACCCAGAGCACCAACUUUCUCAUUCAUCACCUGACCGCCCUAAGCCAAAAGGGAUUCGCCAGCGGAGUGGAACAGAUCAUCCUGGGGGCAGGGCCAGUACUGGAGGCUUUUGGAAACGCAAAGACAGCCCACAACAACAACUCCAGCCGCUUCGGCAAGUUCAUCCAGGUCAACUACCAGGAGAGUGGCACCGUGAGGGGAGCUUACGUUGAAAAGUAUCUCCUGGAGAAGUCGAGACUCGUCUAUCAGGAGCACAACGAACGGAACUACCAUGUGUUCUAUUACCUGCUGGCGGGGGUGAGCGAGGAGGAGCGCACAGCCUUCCACCUCCGGAAGCCUGAAGAAUACCAUUACCUCAACCAGAUGAAAAAGAAAGUCCACCGGCACUGGGACAGUUACAGUGAGAGCGAGCCGGACUGCUUCACAGUGGAGGGGGAGGACCUGAAGCAUGACUUUGAGAGGCUACAGUUGGCCAUGGAGAUGGUGGGCUUCCUGCCGGCCACACGCAAACAGAUUUUCUCCCUGCUGUCUGCCAUCCUCCACCUGGGGAACAUCCGCUAUAAGAGGAAGGCCUACCGGGAUGAAGCCAUCGACAUCUGCAACCCGGAGGUGCUGCCCAUCGUCUCGGAGCUGUUGGAGGUGAAGGAAGGGACGCUGCUCGAGGCCCUGACCACACGAAAGACGGUGACUGUGGGAGAGAGGCUGAUCGUCCCCUACAAGUUGGCGGAGGCUGGCACCGUAAGGGAUUCCAUGGCAAAGUCGCUGUACAGUGCUCUGUUUGACUGGAUCGUGUUCAGGAUCAACCAUGCCUUGCUCAACAACAAAGACCUGGAGGACAACAACAAGAUAUUGUCCAUUGGUGUGCUGGACAUCUUUGGCUUCGAGGACUACGAGAACAACAGCUUUGAACAGUUCUGCAUCAACUUCGCCAACGAGCGACUCCAGCACUACUUCAACCAGCACAUCUUCAAGCUUGAGCAGGAGGAGUACAGAGCAGAGGGCAUCACCUGGCACAACAUCGACUACAUAGACAACAGCGGAUGCAUCAACCUGAUCAGCAAGAAGCCCACUGCACUGCUCCAUCUGCUGGAUGAAGAGUGCAACUUUCCCCAAGCAAGCAACCAAACCUUGUUGGACAAGUUCAAGCGGCAGCAUGAAGGGAACAGCUACAUGGAGUUUCCCGCUGUCAUGGAGCCUGCCUUCAUCAUCCGACACUACGCCGGCAAGGUCAAAUACGGCAUCAAGGACUUCAGGGAGAAGAACACGGAUCACAUGCGUCCGGACAUCGUGGCAUUGCUGAAGAGCAGCAAGAACGCCUUCAUCGGUGGGCUGAUUGGCAUCGACCCAUCGGCCACGUUCCGCUGGGCGGUGCUGCGGGCUUACUUCAGGGCCCUGGUUGCCUUCAGGGAGGCUGGGAAGAGACACCAGCGCAAAAAAAGCACAGGGCAUGAUGGCGCUGCUCCCUGUGCCGUUUUGAGCGUUGCGGAUAGCUUUAGCUUUCUGCAGCACCCUGUGCAUCAGAGGAGCUUAGAGAUCCUGCAGAGGUGCAAGGACGAGAAGUACAGCGGGGCGAGGCGGAGUCCCAGGACCCCCCUCUCAGACCUGCAGGGCAGCAACACACUCAACGAGAGAUCGCCACGGGGUUCUCCUAUUCCUGGCUUGAACGGGCGUGUGGGCCAGCAGAGUCGCCUAUCAUCCGGCAUCUCCACCACGGAAGGGGACGGCAUCUUCAUCAACUCCACCAGCAGCAAGCUGCUGGAGAGAGCUCAGGGCAUCCUCAUGAGGAACAAAAACUACAAACCCAAGCCUCUCCUCCCAAAGCACUUGUUGGACGUCAAGUCCCUCAAGUACCUGAGCAAGCUGACGCUACACGACCGCAUCACCAAGUCCCUGCUCCACCUGCACAAGAAGAAGAAGCCGCCCAGCAUUAGCGCCCAGUUCCAGGCUUCCCUCAACAAGCUAAUGGAAACCCUGGGCCACUCCGAGCCCUACUUUGUCAAGUGUAUCCGCUCCAACGCUGAGAAGCUGCCUUUGCGCUUCAACGACGAGUUGGUCCUGAGGCAGCUGCGCUACACUGGCAUGCUGGAGACCGUACGCAUACGGCAGUCUGGAUACAACAUCAAGUACAGCUUCAAGGAUUUUGUCCGCCACUUCCGUGUGUUGCUCCCAGAAGGCACCAGGGCUUCCAAAGAAGACAUCCAGAGGUUUCUGGGCCAGGUGGACCUAGCGCCAGAUGGCUUCCAAGUUGGCAGGACGAUGGUGUUCCUGCGGGAGGCGGGGCGUCGGAGCCUACAGGCCUCUCUCCACGGCCGGGUCCUGAGCCUGGUGGUGGCGCUGCAGCGGCGCUUCAGGGCCCGGCUGGAGCGCGCCUCCUUCCUCAGGACCAGGGAGGCGUCCGUGUGCAUACAGCGAUGGUGGCGUGCAUACCGGCCGAGAGAUAUCGAGGAUAACGAAGAGGGCUGUGAGCUUGCCAUCCAACAAGAGGCGGCGGUGUGCCUCCAGAAACACUGGCGGGGGUACGAGGCCCGCCGGAGGUUAGGGCUUUGGAAGGAAGCCGCUCUGGUAUUGCAGAAAGCGUGGAGGUUGUGGACCUAUCGCCGUGUUGACGCGGCACUGGUGAUUCAAACAGCGUGGCGCUGCCAUAGAGCCAGAGAAGGCUAUCUGAGUCUGUACGCUACAGUGGUGCGACUGCAGGCAGUCAGCAGAGGCUACCUAGCCAGACAGAGCUUCAGGGAGCUGAAAAAGCAGAGACUGCAGGAGAAGCAGGAGCUGGUCCAGCUGCAGAACGGUCAGAAGAGCCAUUCUCCAGAGGAAGAGGAACGGCAAGAAGAGAGGCCCGUGGGCCAGGACCUGAGCCUCUGGGGGGACCCCUCCUACGAGGGGCGGGGGAGGAGCACCCAGAGGGUCCCCGGCCUGGUUACCCAGCAGGACCAGCCGAGGUUGAGAGCAGGAGGAGCAGAAGACUGUCCCGGGAUGAGCUCAAGCAACCCUUUGCUCCAAGAGCAUCCUGAAGCACCGGUCACCGUGGUGAUUCGAGACAGGGCCAGAACGUUAGAUGAACUCAGCCAGAAGACCACCAGGGCCAAACGGGAGAGCCGGCGCAUGCGGGAGCUGGAGCAGGCCAAGUUCAGCCUGGAGCUCCUGAAGGUCCGCGCGACCAGUGGCGGGGCGUCGUCGCCCUCUGAGGAGAGGCGCUGGUCGGCAGAGCUGCUGCACGCGUCCACCCCGCCCCUGCGCUCCCCCCAGGGCACCCCUGACAGCCAGAGCUCCAGGUUCAGCUUCGAGCUCCUAAGCCUUGAAGAAGGGCCGCCCAGGGCGACGCUAGAAGAGCUCGACCUCGACGAGGCCGGCUCUCCAGAGCUGCCGGAUCACCCCGCGGAGCUCCCUUCCUCGAGGUCAGCCACAGGCUCUCCGCUCAUCCGUGAACGACCCGACCCCGACGACAGGCUACCUCAGUCACCCACACUUCCGCCCAGAAUUGAGAACUACCUCCCGACCUUUUACGUCCCGACCCGCGACAGCCACACGGUCUCCGGCCCUCCUCCUGCCAAGAGCCCUCCACAGCGUUUCGAGGCCGCUGUCGCCGCUCCCACAACCCCAGCCACCACCACCACCUCCGCCGCUGCUACCACCAUCACCUCUGCCACGGUCACCUCCACCACCGUGAUCUCCAAAGCCCUGAAGGACAGGAGGGAGCCGGGGCGCCGGCCGGUGGUGGUGGUCAUCAGCAUGCACAAGGCCACCCCUCUGAGGGAGGAGCCGGGCGCCGCGGGCCACCCCCGGGCGGAGCUGCCCAACCAGCCACCGGGUUGCCUGGCCGCGCCCUACGAUGCCGUCCCGGCCCCAGCCCCGGUCCCGCCCGCCAACCUGGCCGUCCUGGAGAGACUGGAGCGGCUGAACGAGGAGAAGGAGGAGAGGCAGCGCAGCCAGCAGCAGCAGAGCGAGAGGCAGAUGAUGGAGCAGAUCCGGCAGCAGAAGGAGGCGCUCGAGAGGCAGCGUCUCCUCUUCGCCCGGAACGAGAAGGACAUGUUCGAGAAGCAGCGGGGCGAGGCCUUGCACAGGAUACAGCAGAGUCGCCAGGCGGGGGCCGGUGCAGGACACAAAGGUUCCCGAGCCGCCACAUCCAGGCCCGACUCGCUGGUGUUUGAGAGAACACAAGCACCGGCUCCUCACACCAGGACAAUGUCUGAGCUCCGGGCCCCUGAAGAGCUCUCAUUUCCUGGGGCAGAGUCCCAGCCCAGUGCCCCUCAGCCCGGCUCUAUUCCGCUUUCCUCCUCUGUCCCGAGAGAAACGCUUGGAGGAAGCAGGCCUAUCGCCGAUGGCUGGGUGCCCAAACUCACAUUAGAAUCUAGUGAUGGAAGAAGAACCUCACCGAGACUUACCCCAAAGAAGACGCCUGGUGGGCACCAGGGAAGUACAGUUCACACGGCUGACAAGUCUGGGAACAUCUUCUUCUCUCCUAAGGACAAGGUUGUGUUUGCCAAAUUUGACGAACAGGACAAACCUGUGGCCAACCCUAGAGAGUCAGUUCCCAAGGCCUCCAAAGGACCACAAGUGCGUGAGGUCGGCAGAGCGGGCAACAAAAAGAAAGCCCGCAUGGCUCGGACCCGCUCCGACUUCCUCAACCGCGUCCCCAUUCUCUCCGUGGCGGGGGAGUCUGAGGACGACGACACCCCCGCCCCCCCCCGCCAUUUCACCCUCCCCCUCUCCAAUCGCAGCGGCCCCGACGCUGACCUAGGAGAGUGUUUUAGUGACUCGGAGAUGCAAAUGGGCUCCGUGGCGCAGAAGAGCAUGCAAAAGGCCAUGUCUUCUGAAGAUCUGCCGAAAGCGGAAACACUGCGCAAGAACGCCCAAGAUGGAAGGGUGCGUGGCAAGAUGCGCUUCUGGGGCAAGACCAAGUAUAGCGACAAGAAGUCUUCCAGGGAAAAGCUGAUUUGCGGAGGAGACUCCAUGGACGGGGAGUACGGAGACACUGGUCUGCUGAUGGGCGACGGUCAGGAGAACACCUCCCCACCGUGCAGUCCAGACCUGGCGACGGUGCGUGUCCAACCGGAGACCAAGGAGAACAAGGACCCCUCCCCCAAGGUGAAGCGCCGGCGCAGCGUGAAGAUCAGCAGCGUGACCCUGGAGCCCGCCCAGUGGCAGCACGACCCGCUGCAGAUCCUCACCUGCACCAACGACUACCGCAGCAUGAACGACUUCCUCAGGAAGAAGAUCAAUGAAUUGGAGACAGAAGAUGGGAAGAAGGACUCCAUGGUGGACGUUGUCUUCAAGAAGGCCCUCAAGGAGUUCCGUCUUAACAUCUUCAACUCGUACUCCACAGCUCUGGCGAUGGAUGAUGGGAAGAGCAUCCGCUACAAGGACCUGCACGCACUGUUUGAGCAGAUCCUGGAGAAGACUAUGCGGCAGGAGCAGAGGGACUGGAGGGAGUCCCCGGUCACGGUGUGGGUGAACACCUUCAAGGUCUUCCUGGAUGAGUUUAUGACAGAGUACAAGACCCUGGACAGCAUGCAAAGCAAGCAAAUGCCCAAAGUUGAACGCAAGAAGAGAAGAAAAAAGGACGCCGACAUUGUGGAGGAGCACAACGGCCACGUCUUCAAGUCCACACAGUACAGCAUCCCCACAUACUGUGAAUAUUGCUCUUCACUCAUAUGGAUGAUGGACCGCGCCUGUGUUUGCAAAUCAUGCCGCUACGCCUGCCACAAGAAAUGUUGCCUGAAGACGACUACCAAAUGCAGUAAGAAGUUCGACCCGGAGCUCUCGCCAAGGCAGUUUGGAGUGGAGGUUUCCAGGUUGACUAACGACGAGCGAACGGUGCCCCUUGUGGUAGAAAAGCUCAUCAACUACAUUGAGAUGCACGGCCUCUACACCGAAGGAAUCUACCGGAAGUCGGGGUCAACCAAUAAGAUCCGAGAACUAAAACAAGGCCUUGACAUAGAUGUGGACAGCAUGAACCUAGAUGACUACACCAUCCAUGUCAUCGCCAGUGUCUUAAAGCAAUGGCUGAGAGACCUGCCCAACCCUCUCAUGACCUUCGAACUCUAUGACGAGUUCCUGCGUAUAAUGUGUUUGCAGGACAAAAGAGAGGUGAUCAGGGGAGUGUAUUCCAUCAUCGAUCAGCUGAGCAGAACCCACCUCAACACUCUCGAGCGGCUCAUCUUCCAUCUCGUCAGGAUUGCGUUGCAGGAGGACACCAAUCGCAUGUCGGCCAACGCCUUAGCCAUUGUCUUCGCCCCCUGCAUCCUGCGCUGUCCAGACACCAUCGACCCACUGAAGAGCGUCCAGGACAUCGGCAAGACGACAGCGUGUGUGGAGCUGGUCAUCGUAGAGCAGAUGAAUAAAUACAGAGCCAGGCUCAAGGACAUCAACAGUCUGGAGUUUGCUGAGAAUAAGGCGAAGUGCAGACUGACCCUCAUUCGAAGAUCAUUGCCAAAUGCAGCCAGAAAGGGAAAGGGCCGUGUACGGAGGCUGGGCUACCAUACGCCCUCUCCUCCUAUCAGCCCACGCUUGCCCUCGGUGACGGAUGUUGUGAUGGAGGAGAGCGGGGGUGAGGAGGGGGCAGGAUCGGAGCCGGAGUUGUUGGAGCAUCAGCAGGCCAUCAUGCAGCAGGAGGAGCGAGUGCUGACGGAGCAGAUUGAAAGUCUGCAGAAAGAGAAAGAGGAUCUGACGUGUGAGAUUCUGACCUUGGAGCCGGGUGCUUCGGAUGAUGAGACCCUGGAGUCAGAGGCCUCUCUUUGGACCGCAGACAGCUCCGAAAACCUGAAUGUGGACUCUGAAGGAGCCACCUCCGACUUCUCGGAGAGGAACCCCGCGUCGGCAGCCGCCUGGCCGCAGAAACCCGAGGUGAAGCGCCCCAGACGCCGCAGCCUCAGGCGGCAGCCGGACUCCUUGGACUCCGCUUCCACUGCGUCCUCCUUCUCCUCCUCGUCCCACUACCUUCAGCCGUCCUCUUCUGCCACCGCUCGCCGCUUCCGCUUUCACUCAAAGUCUCCCUCCAUGGAGUCGAGUCCCACGAGGGCCGAGGUCCCUCCCCAGCCUCUCCGAUGCGAGAGCCUAGACGACAACUUGACGGUGGAACCAGAGGGGGCGGAUGAGGAAAGGCCCAAGUUUAGCAGCCGCGGAACCUUUAACCCCGAGAAGGGCAAGCAGAAACUAAGGGGGCCCAAGCAUUCGACCUUGAGACACACCAGAGAGGGCCCUGGCCAUGGCAGGGACCCCAAUGACAUAGCCCAGCAGCUAGUCAUGUAUGGCAGUAAUGAGUUCAUGGUAUGAGGACACUGGGACAAAAAAAUGUAACAAUAACUCCAACCCUCCAUCUCCCUGAAAGGUAUGAGCAGCUUAGCCCAUCUCCUUAAAGCACUUCUGCUUAGCCUUUCUUUGUUCAACUAUGCAGACGGUUUUCCCUAAGUGCCAUGAACAGAGUUUUCAACUCCGUAGAUAGGAGAAGGGUGGGGGGGGACAAAGCAAGGGCUCAUCUUUAAUGGACUUUGCUAGCCCAUGAUUUCUCAGUGCCUAGGCAGCUCACGUGCCGCCAAGGCUGGACUUGUUGAGCAGGAAAAACAAAGAAAAGGGAAUGUUGGUAUACACAGACAACACAUUGGCCUCAGGGGUUAGUCUCACGUUGAAAAGCAGCCGAGUACCAGGUCAAAGGAGACAUGAAAAGAUCAAGCAAAUGAGUCGGUGACGAUGCAAUCUUCAUGAACAGAAAGAGCUCAUGAUCCUUAGCUGCUUUGAAGGUUUACAGUUCAUAAGUCAGUGUAAGCAUUUGUUGCUAUAUUAUGAAAUGUUUUCAUUGAAGCCUAUUUAAUACAUUUUAAUGUCACAGAAAUGAUUCUAUAUAGCUAUAUUAUACAGGUAUAAAUACUGUACAAAGCCAGAAGUGACCGCUGGGUAGUUGAAGUCCAAUAUUUAUCUUUUUUGAUUUAUAAUGGAGAGAUGCGCAUGGAUUCGGGAUGCGUCUAUGUGUGCAAAGUAUGCGUGGUUAUAUUUGCUUGUUUGUGUGCACAUGUGUUUCUGUGUGAGAGAAAAACUGCUUGCGUUUUAGGUUUGCGCUGCGUUUCCCCCUCCUACGAGGGAAGUACCACCACCAAAGGGACCAAGCUAGCUGGUGUGUAUUCCAGCUGAGGGGACCCUGGCUCUCAGAAGAAGGUCCAAUGCGUUCACUGCUUAACAGCCAUACAAAUAUGUAUAAUGUACAGGACAUAUUGUACAGUAUGACGGAUGAAAAUGCCAUUCUAUUCUUGGAAAUGUCUCCCACUUCCCAUCCACCACUACCCAUUGUUUGCUCAAUAGCAAAAAAAAACAACACGAAUA